CCCAAACCAUGCCAGAAAAAUGCCCUCACCCCUAACUCCUUUCUUAAGGGUGUUCCUUUAAUUUGCCACCUAUCUGUACAACAAUUAUGAAAAACAUGGCUUCAUUUUUAUUCAAUAGAUAUUUAUAAAUUAAUGUGUAAAACUAAAUCCAGUGACUGUCCUAAACAUCUGGGGACCUUAUGCAAAACUUUAUGAAGGUGCCCCUGUCACUGUGCUCAUAUAAUAAUUUUAUUUAUUUAUUUUUACAAAUCGCACAAGAUCUGGUCUGUUAGUCACACCAGUUCAUGUGUGUGUGCAUAAUGUGUGUACAUGUAUGUAUGAGUUGACAGCAAUUUGAUUGACAGCAGUGGUUCUUGAGGCACAGUUGUUCAAAAUAAGGAGAUCUACAAUUUGAUAUAAAGAAUUUGUGUUUGUGGGAAACAUCACAUGAUAUAAAAUCCACACACAAAACAAAAUGUGAUGGUGCCUCCCAGUGACCGUUUGGGUUCAAAUUGAGCACAGACCUCUGGGGUCAAGAGUCAAACCGGUCCACUGAGUUUUGUUACGAUUGGCCUCUCUAAACCUUGUCUAAUCACUGAUUAUAUUAAUCUAUCAUGAAUAGAUUUAUUUAUUAUAAAUAUAGAAAUUUGCCCCGCUGCUUUGUUUACAGGUGCAGAGAGAACCAUGUGUUUGAAAUUCAGCUUGGACCUCGUACACAAAUUGCUGAAGUCUGAUACGCUACAGGAGGAGCUACAGACGAGGGGAGAGAGCUUCACCUCGAAGCUGCAGUAUCAGCGGUCAGCCACAGAGAACGUGUUCAUGACUUUUCAGCUGGACUGCCCCAAGCUGCUGAAGCUCACGGGACUGCCCGGCCGUCUCAUCGUGUCUCUGUUCGAGCACAGCUCAGUGGUGGAGCACGUGAAGAGUCCUGCUGGACAGACCUCCCCUGGUGAGAGUAAAUCUGACCAUGCAGACCCUAAGCACCAAUACUCAAGCAAUCACGCACCAUUUUGAUUGCAACUUGAAUAUUUAUUAAGAUGUACAAUAGCCUCUUUUUUUAAUGGUUAUACUCAUGAAACAGUGUGGACUCAUGAAAGGUUAGGGUUGAUGUACUGAUGUUGCUGGUCAUUUAGAAUCACGAUGUGCCUAAAUGUCAGCAAGCGAGGCACGGUUCUGGAAAGUCUGGAGAAAGUAUGGAAAUUUUUUUCAUGGUGUAGAUCAAGAUGUGAAUAUUUUGCUGUCAAACUCGGAGCACUGAAGCUUUACAUUUCCUUAUUGUCUGUUCAAAUGCAGCCUCCGUAAGUAAUGUAAGAAUCGAAUAAUUGCUCAAGCCAAAAAAAAAGUUUCCUAUUUCAUUGAGAACCAUGCAGCCCUUAGUAGAGCUCGACUGCGUCCCUUGCAGGAGCGGCUGAGAACUGUCCGAUGUCAUUAUGCAGCACGAGAGUGACCUCUAGAGGAGAAAUAAAAACUCAUUCUUGUUAUUUGAAGUGUUUUUUAAUUCAUUUUGGACAUCUCUAUUUUUAUUUGUUAUUUGGAGUGUGAAGGGAAAUUCUCUUAUCAUGUACUCUUAUAUUAUGAACUGCUAUCAAAUACCUAUGAUGAAUGUAUUCGUUUAAUUACCUUGUAUUCAUUUAAUAACCUCUUUAAAUAAGCUGAUCAACUGCUAUCCUUGGUUAUAUUAUGUAUUUCCAUGUCAACAUGACACAGGACUUAUUUUGUAUUAUGACUAUGUGCUGUGUGUUUUGUUUAAAUCUGUCUGACACCUGGACCAGUAGAAACG